AGUCUGACAAAUCAAAGAUGUUUACGUCGUACACUCAAUCCAACAACCAAGGACGGCUCGUGCAUCUUCGUGCCACAAUGCAAUCCCGAUCAGCAGUGUCCUGUACACAAACACAAUCGUGCGGCCGGGGGGCAUGGGGCUACUGAUGGACGCCUACAGGCUACAAGGAGACGCACCACUGGUCGAGACUCGAGACCACCGCGUCGCUGCUACCCAUGGAGGACCUCCUCGCUGGGAGCGGCGCGACCUGAUACACGCGGCCGAGCGACAGCCGCGCCAUGCUGCUGUCGCGCACGCGGCCUACUUCCGACCGGAUCUCGAGCCCUCCGGUGAGAAUAGACUUGACGGCGUCGGAGAUGGAAGCGGCGCCACUCGAUGCGCGCGGCGGGCGACCGCCGCCGUGCUUGCGGCCGCGCACGCAGCCUAUUCCGAGCGGCUCGGCGGGGAACAGAGAGCAAUAGCAGUGUCUUGUUCUUGGGCAGCCUGCAAGCAACGGAGUGCUCGGAACAGGAAACGUCCCCGACCCAUCGAUGCCAACGAAUCAGCCGCGGCAGAAUCACAUCCGUCGGAAUCCGAAAAUGAUGGCGGCUCUACGCGGCAUAUAUCCAACACCAUGUCCAACUUCUGCGAUGGAAAGAGGAAGGCCGUCACCGAGAUCGGAUUCGGCGGAGUUCUACACAUGCCGAUGAAUGGCAAUGCCAACCUCAGGCACGCCGUGUCACUUCUCAGCAGAGUUGAUCUGAAUUCUGGAACCCUGCCCGUUGGGAAAGAUGUCAGGGUCCAAAUGAGCCCAGAGCACAUAGAGAGGCUGAUAGGCACGCCCUCGAGAGGACGAAGAGUCUGUGGACUGGACCCGGACACUCCGGAAGAGAGGACGGACUUCGUGAGGCUCGCCAUGGGCUCACAACGGUUCUACAAUGACGGGCUGAAGGCUGCCGAGCUUGUUGUCCGGCGGGAGUGGGACGGGUCGGUCACCGCCGAGAGGGUGGAGGAGUUCAAAGUAGCAUUUGUCGUCUGGAUCGUCGGGCGUUUUCUUGCUCCGUCCACGAAGCAUGAUGAUCAUGGCUGCUCGGAUUUCUGGGGCUCGCUCUACAACGCGAAUGAGAUCAGAGAAUACAACUGGAGCGCGUAUUUCCUUGCACACAUCAUGGGUGCUGCAGCAAGGGUUCAGUCAGACAUCAAGAACAAGAGGGCUACGACUGCAAUGUUGAUCAGUGGUUGCCCACUUCUCCUACAGUUGUACGACUUGUACCUUCGGCCCCUGAGAAAGCCACAAUUAGUGUCCCCUCGUGUCAAGGACUACGACAGCGAGACACUCGUCAACAAGAUGAUCAGUGCCGACACGCUACCCAAGAUUUCGGCACAAGGGGAGCCAUCCUUCGGAGCAUGUGGCCCCCGCUGCCGCGAAGAGUCAUGCUACAUGACCAUGGAUCCAGGACAACCAAGCUCAUCCCAUGUUUUGAGGCCAGGUCAGGGUGCACCC